AUGAUUUCUUCCUUCCCAACAUCUACUCUCCCUCCUUGUCACGAAAUCCUUCAAUUGGACCAACCCAAGCUAAAAGUGACAGACCCUUACCAAAUCAGAGCUCCGAAUAUUGAGGAGAUUGAUCUGCUCAUGGCCCUCCGUGUACGCGGAGGGUCACGAGCAAACACUCGCCGAAGAGUCUACGAGGAGGCGUGUCAUGUAAUGGAGUCAGUGCGAGCUCUACUGAGCCUCGCCCGUGCAAACCGGUGCGUUGAUGUCACUCUGCUUUGCCAGCUGGAGUCGAGGAUGCAGGUUCUCCUGAAUCAAAUGGGUCAAGUGAUGGCCCAAGAGGAGGCAGAGCGCGAGAUCUGGAGAAUGGUCGGUCAUGUGUGA